UUCGGAAGGAACGUCGGCCGGCCAAUCAGCGUGCAAGAAAAGCGACUCGGCUUGCGGUCUGGGGGCGGGGGGGGGGGGAGAUUCGAGGCCACCUCCUCCUCCUCCUCCCCCUCGUUUUCCCCCCACGUGCCUUUCACUUUGAUCUCGCCGUCGCUUCCUGCUCGCUUUUUUUUUUUCUCUUUCUUCCCUUCCCUUUUUUUUUUCUCUCGUUUCUUUCGCUUUCCUUUCUUCCCUUGCCAUCGGGAGAAGCCAAGUCCGGCUCCGGAGCCAUGGCGGCUUGGAUGAGAGCGGAGAAGGAGAAACACCAAACCGGCGAAAGGGAGGAAGAAGAAGAGGAGAAGGAAGAGGAGGAGGAAGAAGACGAGGAAGAAGACGAGGACGGAGCGGGUGGGCUUUGGGAGUACGAUUCCACUUGGGAAGAGGAGGAGGAGGAGGAGGAGGAAGGGCGGCGGGAGAAGAAGACACGGGAACCGGCUUCUCAAGAAGACUCCAAAGCCCGGGAAAAGCACAGCAGCUGGCCGUCCAGCUCCUGGUGGGCCUCCGCUAGCCAGAUACUCUGGGCUCAAUUGUGGUCAUACGUCAAGGAUUACCUCUACAGUUGGAUUUACCAAGUGCCUAAAGUUUGCUCACGUGACCAUGGGGAUGCUUCAACGGUCGUAAGGAGCAUAAAUAGGCGUAACUGGGUCGCAGCCAGAGAUAUGCAGAAGUACAGGCGGCAUUAUCCGGGAUUGGAAGAAAGUGAGGUCACUGAGGAAGACAUGUGGAAUCUGAGCUUUUACAAAAAUGAGAUUAAUUUUUUGCCCCGGGGUCUGUACAUCGAAGAUCUCCUUGAGACAUGGCAAGAUAACUACAGCGUUUUGGAAGAAAACCAUUCAUAUAUUCAGUGGCUGUUUCCUUUGCGUGAACAAGGGAUGAAUUUUCAUGCCAAACGGCUGACGCACCAAGAAAUUGAGGCCUUCAAGAAAUCUAAAGAAGUCAUGGAGAGGUUCAUCCGGGCUUAUAAACUCAUGUUGAAAUUUUACGGCAUCGAGUUAAUCAAUGAGGAAACGGGAGAAUUGACUAAAGCGGAAAACUGGUGUGAGCGAUUUUGGAAUCUCAACCGGUACAGCCAUAACAAUUUACGGAUCACUCGCAUCCUGAAAUGCUUGGGCGAGAUGGGCUAUGAGGACUACCAAGUGCAGCUGGUGAAGUUCUUCUUGGCAGAGACUCUCGUCCACCAGGGGCUACCUCGGGUGCUGAGAAGCGUCUUGGACUACUUCAUGUUCACCGUCCGAAGCAAACCCAAACGGAGGGAGUUGGUCUAUUUUGCCUGGCAACACUUCAAGCCAAAGCGUGAAUUUGUCUGGGGCCCUCGCAAGAAACUCCGGAGGUUCAGACCUCUGUCCCUCAAGCUUCUGACUAACCCGGAAGAACAAGCACACGCCAAGGAAGGAGAGGGAGAAGUUGUGGAGAAGGACAGUGUUGAGUCCCCCAAAACAACCCUUCAGAGACUUGCGGAAAAACCUGUGCAGGAGGAAGCUGGAGAAACUCAAGAAAAAGAGAAAUGUGGCUUGUCAGCAGAGAGUUGUAUGGCUUGCAGUGAUUUAAAUACAACAGUACAACAUAACCACACGGAGCAGCCCGUAUCCAGCAUUAGUGCCACGUUGAGCCUUUCAGACAGUAACUCUGUGCAGGACAAAGGUAUCAGGAGAAGAACCAACUCUGUAGAAGAUGGUGAGCUGUUACAAGAUGGGGAGGUUGUAGAACCUCUAAUGAAACCUGUGGAUGACUGUAAGACUUCCAAAAAUGCAAACCAAUCUCAACUUGCAUUGGUAACGCUAGCCAAGGAAGAGAAGGAAGACCGCAAAGAAGUCCUAGUACCUUCUAAUUGUCCGUUGGAGAGACAGGGCCAUGCUGAUGAGUGCGUGGGUGAAGCUGAGGGAGAUAACCUCAAGGAAUCCAAGAAGAGGAAGUUGGAGCUGAGCAGGUUAAGUGGAGAAAUCCCCACGGCCCUUAAAAGCCCCAAUGAUAUUGAGAGGAUCUCCCAUAAUCUUGGCGAGGUGGUCAUUACAAAGGAGGAAGUUAGCAUCUUGGCCCCCAAAGGUGGCCAUGAGGACUUCCCAGAUGGGAAGGAGAUUGAAUCGCUAGAUAUGGUGAUCAAGAGACGGAAAGUAGACGUCGUACCCAAAGGCGGUCCUUCGGAAGCAGACUGUGAGGUGAUCCCACCUGAUGACCAAGGAGAAAGCUGUGGAACUCAGGACGAUAAGGAGAAAGAUCUUGUCUGCCAAGAAGAAACCAAAAUGGCGGCUAAUCCUUCUGCAGACACUCUGACAGGACACAAAGCUGGAAGUGGGGAUGCGUUGGUUGAUUCCAACAAGAAUGUCCUCCCUGGUGAUGGCUCUAUGGUGGAGAAAGUGAAUGAACAAGAGGCUACCACCACUCCAACAGAAAGUGAGGCCCCUUGGUUGUCUGAACCCAUAACACCUCAUGAAAGGGGCGUAACAAACAAUGCAGGAUGGAAAGAACAGGAGUUUAAAGAAACUUCUGAUGGUUCCCUAGAAAGUAAUGAAAUCUCCAAAUUAAAGGAAUAUGAAAACACCACGGCUGGACCAGAAGAAGAGUAGUCCUAUUCCAGAUUGGAUGAAGCCGUCCUAGAAAUACUAGAGGUCAGAAUGGGGCGUAUCUUUUCAGAAACAGAUGCUUUGCUUUGUGGUCUGGUAUCUCCGAGUUUUAUAAACAUGACACCUAAAGAUAAAUCUUCAGGAUGAAAGGUUACCACACUUGGUUGGUAGCUUGCUCAUCUGAUUGUCCCAUUUCUAGAAGUCUUUUAUCUUUUAAUUAACUGCCAGAGGGCUGUGUUCUCUUUUUAACACAAAGCACUCACCUGUUCAGUUCAAGGUAUGCAACUUUACAGGUGUGUUUUCCAGGGUUUACUAGAUGAGCUCCCAGAAUGUUAUUUGCUAAAUUAAGUUUGUGUUUGUUAAAUAAAGAUCUUUAACUUUUGG